UGUUAGUGGCAAAGGCUUAGUCUUAGUAUUUAUAAAUGUUAUUAUUUCUCCCCCUCCUGGAAAGAUAUUUCCACUGGGCCACAUAAUUCUUGAAAGAAAUUUGCACUGGACAGGCGUUUGGACUUUAUUCUGAGGGAAAUGAGCUACGGGAGGUUUUUAAGCACUAGCGUGACCCAGUCAGAUCUGCACUGGAGAAGCGCUCUCUGGCACUGUGUGGACACGGCUCGCAGGGAGCGGCAGCUGUUGCUGCAGUCCAGCGGAAAGGACGCGGGGUGUGGAGGGAAGCGGGUCAGGGAGGCAGGACUUGGGAUCCACGCAGUGGAACGACUACUACGUGCCGAACGCCAAGUGCGGGGCGGCAAAAGCCGCCCCGGCCACACCUGCCGCGAAUUAUUGCCUAGCCGGGGCCCUCCGCACAGUCGCCCACCCACGGACGGACGGACGGACGGAAGGACGAACGUGCAGGCGCCUGCUCAGGACCGGCCAAACCACGCCGCUCCGGAGCCCGGAUCUAGAAGCCUCGGUCCGGAGAUGCAAAAUCCCGGCCGGCCCCGCCCUCCCGCCGCUCGGGGGUCCGCACGCCGGCCCCGCCCGCGCCUCUGUGGGAGGGUAAAGUCGAAUAUCUGGUGAAGUGGAAAGGAUGGCCUCCAAAGUACAGCACGUGGGAGCCGGAAGAGCACAUCCUGGACCCCCGCCUGGUCAUGGCCUAUGAGGAGAAGCCUCAGUCUCUCUGCUGUAAAAUGGGCCAUCCCUAAUAACACCGGCUCUGAUUCCCCCAAAGGGAGGAGAGAGACCGAGCGUCGGGGUAUAGGAAGAGAGGCCCGAAACCCAAGCGGCUUCUGCUGCAGGUAACCCCGCCAGCCUUGGUGCCCAUCCACAGGUCCCCCUGCUCCUCCCACCAGUCUCCCCCACCCUCUGCAUUUGCACCAGCUAGUUGACCUGAACCACUCACCGUCCUUGCUCUGCCCAGGGCACUGUGGGGUGGGGGCCCUUAGUGGGUAAGUCUCCAUGGGGGGAGUGUGGGGAAGGAAGACAGCCGGCGGGGGGAAGUGCUGUGGGGUUUGGGGGAGGGUGGGUAUAUGGCUGAUGGGAGCCUAAAAUUUUGAAAGCUUAGAAUCUUGUAAAUAAGCCUUUAUGAGACUCAAAGUCCCCCAAACAUUGUAAUAUUUGUAGGACCUCAGAAACAUAAACUUUAGGAUUGAGGAAAUGUGGGAGCCUAGGGUUUUAGAACCCAAGAAAGGGAGACUCAGAAUUCUGGAACUGUUGUCUUGGGAUGCCCUAGAAAUGUGGCAUUUUUGAGAAAGGAGAAACCUACGGGGCCCCCUUUUCCAGUCCUCUGCCAGAGGCGGGCGUCUAGACUCCGGAACACCUCAAGUUACCCAGGUCUUGGGGCCCCUUUGCUGACUUCACUGCUUUGCGUGGGAAGCGGGUGGAGUUUGAAGUGAUGUGAUAUGAGGCAAGUCUCUUUGCCUCUCUGAGCUUGAAUUUUCUCAUCUGUAAAAUUGGGAUGAUAAGCAUAGCUGCUCUCCUUAAUUGAAUAAGUUUCACCCAGGUGUUCGAAGCCAAACGAUAAGGCUUCUUGGUCCACACAGUGUGAGCCAUGGCCAGUCUCCUGCCCACCCUUGAGUACAGAUCACCUGAAGCUUUGGACAGAAAAGAUGGGUUUCCCUUCACGCAGUGGGCAUUUUCCAUGGGGUUUGGAAUGAAUUGGGUCCCAGGAAGAAAGGUAUCUGUCUGUCGCACGUCUUUCCCGAACUUAGCAACUUAGAGCAAUAAACACUUAGCAUAUCACAGUCGGGUGGGUCAGGAAUUCAGCAGUCCUGUAGCUGGUUUAGUGAUUCUAGUUCACGUUACAGUCGUGAUGCCAACCGGCGCGCGCUCAUCUGGAUGUUUGACUGGGGCGGCGUGAUCUGCUUCCAAGGUGGCUCCUCACAUGCCCGCAAGUCAGCUCUGGUUGUUGACAGGAGGCCUGGGACUUUCCAUGCGGACCUCUCCGAGGGCUCCCGGGUGGCCUGACAGUGUGGCCACUAGCUUCCCCCAGAGCGGAUGAUCCAAGAGCAAGGGAGGAGCACAGUGUCUUUAAUGAGCUAGCCUUGCAAGUCCCACACCCCAGCACCCGGGGCCGAGGGGACCUGGGUGUGAACUGCUUGAGGCGGGCCUUGCUGGGGCAGUCUCAGAGGCCGGCCACUGCAGUUUCUUCACCAUCAACUGACGAAGAAACUGAGGCUCCAGGAGGCCAGGAGUUUCCCCAGGGUGACACAGCUGGAUCCAAACCUAGGUCUGACUCCAGGGGCUCCGGGAUGCCUGUUAGUAGCUGAGGUCCUCCCUUGGUGAGGUGGAGAAGGGCAAAGACCAAGCGCUUUGCAGUGUUGGAGUUCACUGGGCUCGUGAUGGCCGCUGCGCCAGGCUGAAGGAGCGGGUUUUGGUUAAGCUGCAAUAGGAUAAGCCCUCCCAACAUUGCAGUCUUGUCCCGACCUCUCCCUGGCCAGCCCUCCUCCUGUCCCAUAACAGCCUGCGUCCCGGGCCGAGUGACGGGCAUUAGCGGGCAGGACGGGAGAACGGAGCCUGUGUGUGCGAUCUCGGCUCCCAGCUGGGGGAUGUUUGACCUACAGGCCCCAUCUCAUGGCCUCACUCUCUUCCUGGGGGCUCUUGGCCUCUGGUGACAGGUGGCAGCAGAAGAUACUGUCCCGGAGGGAUCCAGGCCCUCCCAGCACCUUAGCACCAAGGAUCUUUCUUGGAUCUGUACACAUCUUGGCCAAAGUCAAUAAAACAAAUCCCUAGAGUACAAAACUCCAGCCCUUAAGUGGUGGAACACGUGCCCUCCAGCCCCAUCCUAACAAGAGUGCCAUGUGGCGUCGCAGAGGGCUGGGCCCGCAGCUCGGAGUGGAGGAGGACCCCAAGAAUCUUAGGGCAUCCACCUCACACCAUCUCCUUGGCCUGCUGGCUGUUUCAGCCUUGGGGGUCCUUUAGUAGGCAAAAAUUCCUUCCCCGUGAUGAAGAAUAACUCCUUAGUUUAUCUGCUUCAUAAAUCCAGAUUUGCUUUUUCUUGGUCAAUUUUCAGUCCGUACUCUUGGAUGCUCCUCUGCUGUGUGGCCCCUGUCCCCGAGCCACCUGCACCUCCCCCCGCCGCCCGGGGAGAUGAGGUGGCACCAGGCCAGGCCUGGGGCUGGGCUGGUCAGGGGUGGCUUUCUGGGCUGGGCUGGGGGCUGGGGUAAUUGCUGGCUCUGGGCCAUGCAGCACAGGGAAGGGCACUCCAGGCGGGAGGAACAGCAUGAGCAAAGGCGCGGCCGCGGCCGGGAGGGCAGGGCUGACCCGCCGUGCCCUGGCUUGCCCCCGCAGCGGCUGUACAGCAUGGACCUGCGGAGCUCCCACAAGGCCAAGGUCAAGGAGAAGCUCUGCUUCUCCCUGACGUGCCCACUCGGCAGCGGGAGCUCUGAGGGGGUGGUCAAGGCAGGGGCGCCCGAGCUGGUGGACAAGGGCCCCUUGGUGCCCGCCCUGCCCUUCCCGCUCCGCAAGCCGCGCAAGGCCCACAAGUACCUGCGGCUCUCACGCAAGAAGUUCCCGCCUCGCGGGCCCGACCUGGAGAGUCACAGCCAUCCACGGGAGCUCUUCCUGCAGGAGCCAGCAGCCCCGGACGUCCUGCCCGCAGCCAGCGAGUGGGAGCCCGCUGAGCAGCCCCCCGAGGAGGAGGAUGCAGACCUGGCCGAGGGGCCCCCUCCUUGGACACCCGUGCUCCCCCCAAGUGAAGUGACAGUGACCGAUAUCACCGCCAACUCCGUCACCGUCACCUUCCGCGAGGCCCAGGCGGCUGAAGGUUUCUUCCGGGACCGCGGCGGGAAGUUCUGAGUCACCAUUUUUACUCUUCGUAAACUGUUUGCUUUUGGGCUUGGGGUGGGGACUUCCAGAGAUGGGGAGGGGUUGGGGGCGGGGUAAUUAUUUUAUUUAAAAAAAUAUGGAACAGGAGCAGGGGGCAAGAUCCCGACACUUUCCCGCCACCUCGCCCGUUUCUCUGCGCCUGAUGUUUACAGAAAGGGUUGGUGGUCUGUUUUGGGGGCUGGGGCUGGGGCGGCCUGGCAUCGCUCUGCCCAGCAGGGGGUCAUCUCUGGGCCAGGAUGGAGACAGGGCCACCCAUCCCUGGACACCUCCAUCAUCAUUCUUCUCUAGAGACGCAGCAGCUGGUCCCAGGAGCCAAAGGAGAAUGGAGGGCCCAAAUCCUUUCCCUUGAGCCCCCCACUCCCUCCUUUCUGGUUGGUUUCCCUUUUCCUUUUUGGGGGUGGGGGGGUCUUUAUUUUUAACUUUCCACUCCAGCUUUGCGGUGGGACAUAGAGGCUGGCUUUGACCAAAAAUGACCGGGUCAAGACGAGGGGGCAGGAGGAAGGCUUUGCGGUUGUUGUGGUGCGUCCCAUACCCUUCCCUGGGCAUGGCUGCCAGCUGAGCCCCUUCCACUGGGAGCCCCCCCCACCCCACAUCACCUGGCAUGUGAGAAACACUCAUGUGCACACCCAGCCACACAGGCGUGCACACCCGGCCCCGGGACCCUGUGACUGCGGGCAGUGUGUCUGCAGAUGCGCGCAGUGGGUCUUGUAAACCUCCUGUUGAGAACCCCGACCUGGUGAAUUGUGGGGUGACUCCCAGCCUCAGAACUUGUCACGGGCACCCCACGCUUACCAGCCUUGCCCAGCACGUCAUGUGACAGGAUCGCUCCCGACUCAGUCUGCUCACAGCUGUCCGCAGAUGUGGUUCCGUGGCUUUACUUGGCCAGCCGCAGGUACGCCGUGGGUCAGCACGGGCUCUGAGGCACGUGGGCCCUGUCCUUCCUCCCCCGAGGGCUCUUGUUUUCUCUGACUCAGGUGACUUUUCAACCCUACCCACUCCUCUCUUUUGCUGCCCUCCCAGAGAGGGAGGGAGCAUCCCACCACCUUCUCAGGGCAGCCUUCAACUCCCGAAACCCUUCCUCCUUCCAUUCUGCGUCCCCUCCCCAUUCAUCCUAAUUGCCACAGCUGGGAGUGACCUAGUGUUCCUGGGGGGGCCUCUGCCAUGUCUUCCUGCAGUGGGGCUGCAGUGGAUGGUGGGUCAGGCUGUGUAUGAGCCCCCGCCUGCUUGGCAGGGGCUGUGGCCGCCAGGAGGAGGGGCUCUUGCUUUCUGCUUUGCACAGAUGUGCACUGUGGCCAAAUAGCUUCCCAGGCCGCGAGGAGGGGCUGUUCCCCUGCUCCAGCCCUGUAAGGGAGAAAAAGCCAGGUGGGGCUGGGCACGGGGGAGCAAAAGUAAAAGGCCGGCUCCCUCCACCCUUCCCCUAUCAUCAGAGUUGGGCACUGGGGGGUGGGGCCCUGCCCACCCUCUCCCAGGGCCCUCUCCCCACUCUGCUUUGUCCUGAGGAAGUCAGCAGAAUCCCGCUGAGGCGAGGAUAGGGUGAUUCUUCUCCCAGACCCCUUCUUCCCAAGUUCCCAAACCAAAGACAGCCUGGACCCCAUUUUUGUUUGGGGUGCCCUGCUGGCAAGAUUCCUAAAUCCCUGAGUCUCUCUCUCCCCUUCCUCCUUAAUCCUUUGUUGUCCAGGGUCAAUUCAGUGCUUCCAUUCGGGGGUGGUCCUCUCUGGUGGUUCCUCCCAGCCUAGGAAGUUGACUCUAGAGGAGUAUGUGAGGGCGGACCAGGGAAGGAGGGGCAGCAGAACUCCCCCCCAACCCCGCCCCAUCCAGCUGUGAGAACCUGGGUCCAGGAAGGGCAGCCUGGAGUUGGGGGACUCUCCCAGGACAUGGGCUCCCAGCAGAUGUGAGGGUGUUGGAGCGGUGGGGGGGGCGGCCGGGGGGGGCCUCUCUAAUCGAAUGCUAUUGGCCGUGGCUUUGGGGCUGGGCUGGCAGCUUGCAAUAGAAGGCAUACACCCCAUCCCGCAGGGGACAUGGGACCUCUUCCUGCCUCAUGGGCACUUUCAAAGAGCUGUUUGUGCAAUUUGCGGGCUUGGGGGAGUCUGGGGGGGGCCGUUUGUGGAGUGAGACAGCUGAUGUUCUGUCUGCUGCAGCAGGAUGCUUCUUGCCUCUUCCUCAGCCCUUGAAGGCACGCAGGGUGUCCUGCAUCUCAGAGAGGGGCUCCCCACGGCUCCCCAGGUUGGAGACCUCUAUGAAGGGCUGGGUGUGGUCUUGCAGGCCUUUGCCCAGCCCUGAGCGUCCCAGCGGGGCCUGGGACACUGAGCUCCCACCCCACCCCACCCCAUCCCAGAAGGCCAGUACUCUCAGCGGUGGGGACGCUUAGAAAGAGUUGGACCGUCUGUCUUUCCUUCCCCAGCCCCCACCCAUUUUGAAUGUAGAGAGCCCGAGCCCGAUCGGUACUUCCCUCUUGCUGUGGGAUGGGGUGAGGAGAGGGUUCCCCCACCCCUGGCUGGGCCACUUGCAAUGCCCAGCCGAUGCCCUGUCAUCCCUCCAGGGGGAUGAUCCCAUUGCUGACUCCCCUCCUGCAGGGGGAGGCGCUAUGCCCAUGUAAGGUGGCUUAGCUUUGCUUUGUAAGUGGCCGGCCUGAACUCCACAUCUCAGCACAAGAAGGCUGCCUUUGCACGGAAUGAGCGUUGAGCUUUGUUCAGACAACGUGAAUGUAUUUGGGAGGGUUGGGGGCGCGGGCUGAUUCCAAGCACAUGCCUUUUCUGAGCGAGUGUGUGCUGGGAGGGCUAGAGCGGAUGCAGAGCGCGGUUUAUUUUUGUACUGAUAUUGGUAAGAGACUGUAUAGCAUCUAUUUAUUUAGAUGAUUUAUCUGGUAAAUGAGGCAAAAAAAUUAUUAAAAAUACAUUAAAGAUGAUUUUGAAAAAAAA